CGCAUCAUCUCAUCAGCUCUUCAGUAGAUUGAACCCAUAACUUAUUAACUUCGCAUGUUUUCCAAAAGUCAUACUCAUUAAAUCCCUCCAUAUUAGUGAGUCUAGGUUUGGAAAUAUCGGAUUCCAUACCUUUCUAUAUAUAUAUACAUAUUCGUAUACAUAUAUCCUCGUUAAGCAACCAACGACCUAGCUUCCUUAUACCAUCAAUUGGACACGAAAAAAAUUACAAAAUCAGAAAGAAUCGAGAAAGAUUUCGAUACUAGAGGAAAUAUAUUUAUACAUUAUGGCAACAGAUCAGAAAUUCAAAUACUUCGUCAUCACUUAUCCUCAGGAAUAUGUCGCGCACGUCGAGAUCAAUCGUCCGGAUAAGAUGAAUGCGUUUCAUGAGGAAAUGUGGCUCGAAAUGCGCACCGUCUUCGACCUCCUCUCCACCUCGUCUUCCGUCCGCGCCAUCGUGCUCAGCGGCGCCGGCGAAAAGGCCUUCACGACCGGCCUCGACGUCAAAGCCGCCAGCCAAGGCAUUCUCUUCUCUCCCUCCGACUCAGACACCGCCCGCCAUGCGACUACUCUCCGUCGCCAUAUCGUCGAAUUCCAAGACUGCAUCAGCGCGAUCGAGCGGUGUGAAAAGCCCGUUAUUGCCGCUAUACACGGCUAUGCACUGGGGUUAGCGGUCGACAUCGCUACGGCGGCAGAUGUCCGGCUUUCUGCAGCCGAUACGCGGUUCGCGGUGAAGGAGGUGGAUAUUGGUCUUGCGGCUGAUAUAGGCACGUUGAGUCGUCUCCCGAAAGUCGUCGGGAACUAUGGCUGGGUGAAAGAUGUUGCGUUGACGGCGAGGAUUUUCGGUGCGGAGGAAGCGCUCAGGGUGGGUUUGGUGAGUGGGGUGUAUGAAAACAAGGAGAAGACGGUGAAGGCGGCGCUGGAUCUGGCGGCCUUGAUCGCAAGUAAGAGUCCCGUUGCGGUGCAGGGGACGAAGGAGUUGUUGAAUUGGUCGAGGGAUCAUUCUGUGCAGGAUGGUCUACGAUACACUGGUGUCUGGAACAGUGCUGCUCUACAGACGAAUGAUAUCCAGUCAGCUAUCUUUUCUCAAAUGCAGAAAAAGAAGCCGACAUUUGAAAAAUUGUAGCCAUUAUAUAUACAUGCAUGUAAAAUAGCCCAAGAACUGCGUGGAAUGCAUUUUGGAAGGAGAUGACUGUAUAUAGACGAGAAUGCAAUACCCAUCAGGUGCCAGUACAGAUACCAGACGAAUUGAUCGAAUUCUGAUAUCUUGAUAAUUCUGAGUGUUCACUGCAAAAAGAGUGAAAUAUCCACAUUCACCGCAAGCAAAGUCAUGCCACUAGGGUAUAGUCGAAAUCAAGCAGGUACAUGCGGAAACGAAAGUAGCCCGACUGCAUCAAAAAUAUUUCAUUGUCUAUGGCGAUCUGGAAAAGACGUACUCCCUUCGUCCGAG